UAAGGUUAUUGGAAACUCCAAAUACACCUCGGCAAAAACCAGAUCUUUCUACCAAUAUCGACCUAUGACCUUUAACUCUUCUCCUCCAAAUCUAUUUCACAGUUUAUAUUCACUUUGAUAUCUGUUUACGUAUCACCAAGACCAACCGAUAUGUCUCAUCAAGAGCUUAAGAAACGGAGGAGAGAGGAUUAUGGCUACAUUUUAGAGUACAGGACACGCUGGUAUGACAUCUUCACAUAUUUUCAGGGCAAAUUUCAAUGAGCUGACAUAGAUCUAAAGGUCUGAUAAUGAUAUGUAUGAUCACAUGAACAAUAGCAUCUACAACUUUCUGUAAGGCUUAUCUGAAUCUGCUGAAAUAUGUAUGUGACUGAGAUUCAAAAAGGUACGAUUCAAUCGUAAACUCUUAUCUCAUCGAGCAUUGUGGUUUACAUCCUCCCACUUCAUCCCAAUACGGCUUAGUAGUGCACUCUCAUGGUGAUUUCUUUGGCUCAAUUGCAUUUCCGGCUGUCGCUGAUCUAGCUUUACGUGUCAACAAGCUUGGGAAAAGCAGUGUUACUUACGAGAUCGCUUUAUUCGAGCGAGGAGCUGAAGAAGUCAAGUCAGUAGGAGAAAUCAUCCACGUAUUUGUUGAAAGAGAGACUAGCAGGCCAGCAGCGCAAGGAAUGAGCGACACAAUCAAAGAAGGGCUCCAAAAAAUCCUCAGACCACUAUCAAAACUUUAAUAUUCUCAACGUCACCUCAAUCCACACAUCCAUUUCUCCUGGCUGGUCGGGCAAACGUGCCGAGGGUCACAGUUUCGUGGAGUGCGAACGAUGCACGAGAGCCAUUCCGUUUUCUUAAUUCGAGACAUUGUCCAAUGAAACUAAACAUUCAGCGUUCCGACACACUCCCGUUGCCUAUGACAAGAUCAACGGAUUGUAUUUAGAUGAGGGCACGGCUUGGAGGGGGUAACCAAAACGGGAAUUCCGCUUUUUGCAUAAUGUUCGUUCCAAUGACACUACUGCCGAGCAUCGACUUCGGGGAAACUUCGCUCGUAUGAUGGUAUCCACUUGUCUGCAUUGCCUCGGGGAAGGUUGCACGUUUUGCUAGGAGCGACAGAACGGCCGCACACGCCAAUUAAAGACUACGGAAUUAUCGCCUGAGGACGAAGAAUAAAUGUACUGGUAAGCAGUUCUAUGUGUGAUUUUGACUUGGCAGGAGAGAAACGAUUUAUCAUGGUCACAUGUACCGUCCAUGGUUUCGUGGGGACGUUGGUAAUCUUUACAAUUGUCAAAGAAUUUUCCCAUCAACAACGUCGUCAUUUCUUUGCAUCAAUAGCUCGAAAUGUGGAUUUGAUAGGGACUUUAUGCUCGUUAUUAGUUUCAUAAACUUGGCAGUGGGGUAUACUGUAAUAGGAUAGGAUAGGAUAGGAUUCUAGAGAUGAUAGAAAAUUGAGAAGUGUGCUUCACUUCAACAA